AUGCGAUGGGGUGACGAGACCGAUGUUAAAUUGACUCAGAAAUGGAAUCCUCUAUGUCGCAGUCUACCAUAUGCGACUCUCACUCAUCAUCCCGUGUAUUCGAAGCGUGACCAGUUGCCUCCUAGACAGUGUGAGGUGCCUGGGGCUGGUUAUGAAGAUGUAUCCAAUCCCGUAUCCGUUUACGAUGUGAAUAAUUUUCUAUGUGCGUUGAAAGAAGCUUGUUCUGGAACAAAUGUUCAAGUCACCAAUCCUUUGAGCAAUAUUCCAAUAUUCUGGGCCAAAUAA